AGUUGUGCAGUUGACGUUUGUCACAACUUUUGGUGGUUGAUUGGCGUUAAUGGCACGGUUUUAAAUUGAUUAACAAUGAUUAUUACACUAUUUUAGCAUUUCAGACGUUGAGAAUUACCACAUUUCACCGGUUACGUGGCGCCAAAAUGAAUUGCACGCAAUUUUUUCUGUUUGUGAUAAGUUUCUGUGUUUCGAGAUGUUAUUCGUUUUAUGUUCCGGGGAUGGCACCGGCUGAUUUCAAAGCCGGUGAUCCGAUCGAAGUCAAGGCUGUGAAAAUGACGAGUAUCCACACGCAAUUGCCGUACGAGUAUUACUCUCUUCCGUUUUGUUUACCUAAAGGUGGUCUAAACGCGAUACACUACAAAUCGGAGAACCUCGGGGAAGUACUAAGGGGUGACAGGAUUGUCAACACGCCGUACGACGUGAAAAUGGCAGUGAAUACGCCCUGUACGCUGUUGUGUAAUACCCCCAAAAAUCCGAUUAAUUGGAGCGUGGGGGAGUCCCAGAUUGUGGUGGAUCGGAUCCAACACGAGUACUUCGUGCAUUUACUAGUGGACAAUCUCCCGGCUGCUACGCCUGUUUUGAACCCCGAGACGAACGAAAUCCAGUACGAGCACGGCUACAGGCUGGGUAAUUCGGUCGGUGAUCGCAACUACAUCAACAAUCACCUCAAGCUCACCCUUUUGUACCACAACCCGACCCCGGAGAUUUACCGCGUGGUUGGGUUCCACGUUGAGGCCAAGUCGAUCCACAUAGAUGAGUACACAUUUGUCGAUAAGACGUGCUCAUUCCCCAAAAAGCCGAUACCCCAGUUGAUUGACCCCCAAAUUGUGGACACCACCACUGGCACCCAGCUAUUUUUCACGUAUGAGGUCCAGUGGGAGCCUUCGAAAAUUAGUUGGGCGUCACGUUGGGACACAUACCUUGCAAUGAGCGACGUCCAGAUCCACUGGUUCUCGAUCAUAAACUCCAUUGUUGUGAUUUUCUUCCUUUCUGGGAUUCUCACAAUGAUUAUGGUGCGGACUUUGCGGCGAGACAUCGCCAAGUACAACGCUGAUGAGAGUUUUGACGAGACGAUUGAGGAAACGGGCUGGAAGCUAGUCCAUGGAGACGUGUUCCGGCCACCGAAAAACUCGCGAUUGUUUGCUGCCGUUGUCGGAUCCGGAAUCCAGAUUUUCCUAAUGGCUUUGAUCACUCUUUUUUUCGCCAUGUUGGGCAUGCUAUCGCCCGCAUCUAGGGGGGCUUUAACCACAGCUGCCAUUUUCCUCUACAUGUUCAUGGGUCUGGUUGCUGGGUAUUUUUCGGCGCGUCUUUACAAGACCAUGAAGGGGCGCGAAUGGAAACGGGCUGCUUUUCUCACGGCCACCCUGUACCCAGCUAUCGUGGCCACGUCCUGCUUUUUCUUGAAUUUUUUUAUUUGGGGCAAAGCCUCAAGCGGGGCUGUCCCUUUUGCGACGAUGAUUUCGCUACUGACGAUGUGGUGUUUCAUUUCUCUGCCCUUGGUAUACCUGGGGUAUUAUUUCGGGUACAGGAAACAACCUUACCAACACCCGGUCCGGACCAAUCAAAUUCCAAGACAAGUGCCGGACCAGCAUUGGUACAUGAACCCGAUUCUGUGCACUUUAAUGGCCGGGAUUUUACCUUUUGGUGCCGUCUUUAUUGAGCUAUUUUUCAUAUUUACGGCAAUUUGGGAGAACCAAUUUUACUACCUGUUUGGAUUUUUAUUUUUGGUGUUUAUCAUAUUAGUCAUUUCGUGCUCUCAGAUCUCCAUAGUUAUGGUUUAUUUCCAACUGUGCGGCGAGGAUUAUCACUGGUGGUGGCGAAGCUUCAUCGUUUCCGGUGGCUCGGCUUUGCACAUUUUGGGCUAUUCCUUGUUUUAUUUUAUAACGAAACUACAAAUAACCGAAUUUAUACCGACUUUGUUGUAUUUUGGAUACACGGGACUCAUGGUUUUGACGUUUUGGUUGCUCACCGGAACGAUCGGAUUUUUUGCGGCUUAUGCAUUCGUCCGGAAAAUCUAUUCAGCUGUUAAAAUCGACUAAGUGAGUGGCUUGAUGGACCCACCGCGGACGAAUUAUUUUAGUUUGUGUCUUAUCUUUUCACUUUAGUGGACGUUACGAAUAGCUGGGGACAUUCAGAGUCGAAUUCGUUGGGCAUUCUCAGCAAUUCUAAACAUACUUUACUUACUUAAUUUAGUCUUAAUUUAUUAUCACACCGGAAAUUAAUAUUUUUAUAGGUCAAUUGGCACCUUGUACAGACGGUAAUUAUUUCCGUUAGUGUUUUUUUUUUUGUAAUAACUGUAUAUAAAAAUUAAUAAAAUGAUUUUGUGUAAA